AUGUCCUCAUUCUCUUGGCGGACUGCUUACCUAGGUGGUGCAGGGGAUGGACCUGCACCUGCAGGGGAAGGACCUGCACCUGCAGCUGAAGAGCGGGACCCCUUUUUGGAUGAUCUAGAGCGUGAGCCAUCAACACAGGUCUACUAUUUUGGCACAAAGCUAACAUCUUUCUGUGUUCCCAAACUGACCCAAGAGCACAAUGAGGAGGAGGAGGAGGUCAAUUAUGUACACCAGGUUGUUUCUAAGUACAUGAAGGGUAAAGACGGGGAGAAGAGAGCUGCUGAGCUGAAAGGAACUCUCAGCAAACACCUCGAGCAUCACCUGCCCGCUGCUGCUACCGAUCGGGAGGUGCGAGAGUGGUUGAAUUAUGAUGCUAUGCGUACAAAAUUUAUAGAUGAUAAAGUGAAAGAGGAAAUGGCACGCCGUCUAGCCGCAACGCCCAAAGCAAGCGACAAGACGAAGCACGAUCUUAAGUUGAACGUCAUCAAGCGGUGUACUGAGGCUUACGAUUCUACUCAAAAACCUCCGGUAUUCCAAUCUAGACUGGCCCACGCCACCGCCUCAGUAGUUACUUAUGAUUCAACAAAGUUAAGAUAUGCUGAAAUAGUUCUUUCUCAAUCUUGCUAA